UGUUCCUACGUCACCUUUUAUGUUGAUGAAAUGUUACACCGUUAUGCCGUGUUUCAAUUGGGAUUAUGUGUUAACAAGUGCCUCUUUUUCCUCACAAUUCAGUCAUUAUAAAGGUAGACUUUGUGGUAGACUUUCAGCUGACGCCUUUAGGACAUGCACAGAUAUGAGCAAGUUUGUAGAAGGAUUGAGGCUGAGUAAAAACAACAGAGAAUAAUGUUACAGUGCCACAACCUUAUUUUUCAUUACUUAUAUAUGUUACCCGUAUAUUAUGAUGGUUUUGUUGCAAUCAUACACUUUCCAGGACAUGUUCCUGUUUGAGAAAAGCAGGCUCAUCAGCUAAACACAGAUACUUCUCUUGGUCUGUUGUCGAAAUUAUAUCAUGAGGGCACAAACUUGAAACGACAGAAACAGAAAAUAUGGGUUAGGGAGGGGCAAGAGGCGGAUAGAUGACAGAAAGAAAGAACAAUUAAUGUAUCAGCCUGUGGCUCUUCAGUGACACUUUAAAUUUCUUUUUUGUUUUGGGGAUACUGUGUGAGGGGAAACACAUCUUCAGCAGUAUACAUUUGUGUGUAACACCAGGAGCUAAAAGUUUAGCUGUCUUCCCCUAGAUUAUUGUAACUAUGUUGUUAGUUUAAGCAAGCUGAAACAUUUGAUCAAAAAUAAUAUAUAUUACAGUUUAGAAGUUUAAUUGCAUCCUUCAUUAACAAUGCUAACUUAUAAUUCUGACAAUGCCAAUCAGAUUUCCAGCUGGCAAUGAAGCAUCUUAUAUUUGAUCAGUAUAAUUUGGGAUCUUCCUUUACUCCAUUCAAAAAAUAUAGUAAAUAUAUGACGCUUAACUUUUAAAAUGAGACAUUUACAAACAUGCUUUAGUCAGAUGACAGUGUGAAAGUGUUACUAUGUGCUUAGCCUGCGUCGCCUCCCAGCUGUUAGGGAAAGCCGAUUGUAGGCCGGCCCAUCUCCGCACAUAGCCAGCACGAGCUAGCACGAGCUGGUGGUCUGGAUACUGAUUUUUCUGCUGGAUCUGUGUCAUGAUAGCACACCGUGGGGAGACUUAUCGUUCAGUGCUGCUCUAGUCACCGCUCAGACAUCAUGUCUUCCCGUGAGCGUCGGUCAGAUGUCUACAUAAAGGCAGAACCAAGUAGUCCAGAGGGAGGCGGGGGAGGUCGGACCAGCCCUGGCGGGGCCUCCUCAGAUUCUUCUCAUAGCGGAGGCGGAGUGACCCGAGGAGACAACGUUAAACGUUACUCCCCGCCACUGUACACACCAGCUCUGCGUUGCCAUUUCAAGGACGAGGGUGGCGAUGGGGCAGAGGAGGGCUCCGCUGGAAAUGGGGCAGGUCGAUGCAAGUACGCCCUGAGCACGCUUCCCAAGAGGCUGUGUCUCGUUUGCGGGGAUGUGGCCUCAGGUUACCAUUAUGGUGUUGCAUCGUGUGAGGCCUGCAAGGCAUUCUUCAAGAGAACCAUUCAAGGUAACAUUGAAUAUAGCUGUCCAGCAUCAAAUGAGUGUGAAAUCACUAAAAGGCGCAGAAAGGCUUGCCAGGCAUGCCGCUUCACCAAGUGCCUGAAAGUAGGCAUGCUUAAAGAGGGAGUUCGUCUGGACAGGGUCAGGGGUGGAAGGCAGAAGUACAAAAGACGCCCAGAAGUGGAGAAUGCAACAUACCAGAGUGCUCCUCUACCGCUGACAAAGGAGAGCGAAAAAAAUUCCUCCAACAUCAUCGUGUCCCACCUUCUAGUAGCAGAGCCAGAAAAGUUAUUUGCCAUGCCCGACCCUCUGCAGCCGGACACGGCCCAGCGUACGCUCACCACCCUUUGUGACCUGGCUGACCGUGAGCUGGUUGUGAUCAUCGGCUGGGCCAAACACAUUCCUGGCUUCUUGUCUCUGUCUCUGGCAGACCAGAUGUCCGUGCUGCAGUCAGUGUGGCUGGAGGUGCUCGUGCUGGGCGUAGCGUACCGCUCGCUCGGCUGUGAGGACGAGGUGGUGUUCGCAGAGGACUUUGUCCUUGACGAGGAGAUGUCACGUGCAGCCGGACUGACAGAGCUUAAUGCAGCUAUUAGUCAGCUCGCUCGCCGAUUCCGUGCCCUUAACGUGGACCGGGAGGAAUUUGUCAUGCUAAAAGCCAUCGCACUCACCAACUCAGACUCUGUUUACAUCGAGGACAUGGAGGCCGUGCAGAAGCUGCGGGACCUCCUCCACCAGGCCCUGCUGGAGAUGGAAUGUCAGCGGCGCCCAGACGACCCCCAGCGGGCAGGACGUCUUCUUUUAACGUUGCCUCUCCUCCGACAGACUGCUGGCCGUGCUCUGACCACUUUCUACAGCAUCAAGACCCGGGGUGGGGUGCCCAUGCACAAACUAUUCCUGGAGAUGCUGGAAGCCAUGAUGGACUCCCCCUAGAGAGAAACGCAGGAGCAGGAGUAGAGCGGAUUCAGAGAAAGCCCCAAACAGAGAGCUACUCUUCAAGAGUGGAUGUGUGUUUUAUGGAAAAGGACAGCUUUCAUUUCAGAAUUAAUAAUGAGGAAACGAUCAUUAUCUCCUUUAGGCCACAGGAAGAAAGGAAAAUAAUGUGAAGUGGAAAUUGGCCAUUUACAGAAUGACGUAACUGUCAGAGUUCAGUAAAAAGCUCUUCACGUGAGAACAUUUAACACAAAUGCCAGAAUAUUUCUUAGUUCUAACCGUUUCACGGCAUGUUUCUUCACAGCAUCAACCUGCAGUUACUUAACCACUGAAGAACAACAUGUAGGUACCGAAUAACAGACUGCAACCAUGUGGCUUUUGAACUUAAAAAUAGUACUACAUCUGCUCAUGAAAAGCCAUAAUAACAUACCCGGCAAAAUGCUUGAGAGUCCAACAAGGGGUCAGAAUAAAGUGCACACUAAGUGCUUGUAUUUACUAUAGUUUAGUGUGCCGUUGUAGGCAAGUCAUAGGAAUUUCUUGCAAUAUGUUAAAAGCAAUAUAACGACUCGAAUAUUGUCUGUCACAUUCAAAAUGUGGAUCAAAUGGUGAGACAUCUAUUUGUAUGCCUCGAUUAGUAGUACUUCACUCUUGGGACCCCAAGCGCUGCUUUUUAGAAAAAAACAACAAAAAAAUCGAGCUUCUAGUAGAAACCGGUUUGGUCAGGGAAGCCAAAUGAGUACAUUUAAAAAAAACAAAACAAAAAAAACAUUUGAGAAAAAACUGCAGCACUUUGGGGAUUAAAUUGUGAAGCGGAAGCCGCUGGUGUGAGUGCAGCUGUCUUUUUACAAGUUUGUGCAAUGGAUUCACAGUCCAGGAGAAGUGUAUAUGAAGACUGUACGCACAUAAAAUGCUCAGCUUGGAAGUUAAUUUAUAUGUAAAGUGUUGUAUGUAAAUCCUACUGGCACACACAAAAAAAGGCUUCCAUCCAAGCAAGCAUGUGUGUUUGUUCGUAUGCAGUCGAAACCAAUGAGCUACACUGAGAUCAGGGACGAACACGGCUCUUGGACAUUAAAGCUAGUGUGGCAACGAGCGAUUAGAAAAGAAAUGCCUCAUCUGCUUUUUUUUUUU